AUGCGUCCGGCGAGUUGGCGGGCGAUUCCCCACGGUGUCUCAGCGUGGCACGGCGGUGGAGGCACGGCGCGGCCGUCUGACACCGCGACGUUGCCGCGCCGCGCCAGCUGCGAGAGAGACGAGCGCCUACCCUAUUAUUUACGCGCGACAUUGCCGCGCCGAUCGGCCUACGUUGAUUACGAGGACACCGCUUUUACAAAAUCCAAAACAAUCCGCGUUCCUCACUUGAAUAACACCAAAGAUAACAUUUGCCAGUUCGAGGGCGACAGGAAACCGGUUUUAGUCUAUUUGCUGAAAACGUCGGCGAAAACGUCCGUACCACAGCGCGCGUUUGAAGUAACUAAGGCAUUUUCGGUCGUAUCGAAUCGGAUCAGCAAUCGUGAAAGGUCGGGUGUUUUGGGGCUCGCGGGGUGCGGGAGGGGUGUACGGGCGGCCAAUGAGAUCGUUCGUUCGACGCAGGCGGCGGGCGAUGUUUGUCGACGACCAAUGGCAACGGUUCUGGCCGCGCUCCGCCUGUUGCAGACCGGUUGCCGCGUUCUUCUGUCUCCUUCUGUGCGUCGUGCGUCCUUUUCUAAAUGCGGCUCGUUCGAUCUCAGCUUUGUUUUUUGUAUCGCGGCCUCACAUAGAAAAAUAAACCGACAUUUUGGAUUAGCCGCGCGACGCGAGGGUCUUGACGUUAUUUAUUCUGUUUGUAGGGAGAUAAAUAUACGGUCGAGCGGACGCGGCAGAUAG